GUGAUCACCUUAUAUUUGACCUUAAGGCAUCCCACACGUGACUUCUUUUUGGACCGUUUUUGUCCUUUAAUUUGAGCCUUUUGCGUCGCUCGUGUUGUAAGUUAGAGCAACAAAGCACUGUUAUGUGGCUAACAAAUGGAAAACAAGCAUCAAAGUUGUUCAUCCCUGAGGUAAAAGCGUUAAUUUCUGGCCGAUCGAUUCCUGUACUGAGUACCACACGGCGACUGUCACAGCCUGUGCGGCCAGUGAGUGAUGAUUCACCCCCGAGCGCAAAUUACAAGUUUAAGCAGAGUUACUGUCAUGGGUCCUCUGAGAAGCCCCUCCUGGGGGCAACUAUUGGCCAGUUGUUUGAUCAGACGGUAGAGAAGUUCCCGGAUAGAGAGGCAUAUGUUUUCUGCGAGGACGGUCAGCGUGCAACUUUUUCACAGUUCAAACUGGAGGUUGAUGCACUUGCCGAGGGACUGGUCUCCAGAAGACUGACAAAGGGUGACCGGUUGGGGAUCUGGGCACCAAAUAUCAGAGAAUGGAUCAUAACACAGCUUGCUGCAGCUCAAACUGGACUCAUAUUAGUUGGUUUAAAUACUGCAUAUCAAGGAACAGAGGCAGAGUAUGUAUUAAAAAAGGCAGGCUGUAAAGCUUUGGUAAUAGUUGAUGAAUUCAGAACACAAAACUAUUACAACACAAUGACGAAGAUGAUACCUGAGCUUUCGGAGGCGAAACCUGGAGAACUUCAAAGCGAAAGAUUGCCAGAACUAAAAGAUGUCUUCGUUGUGAGCAAAAGCAAACAAUUAUGCAGAGGAACUACUUCGUUUGAGGAGUUGAUGAGUUCUGGAGGUGAAGAAGCGAAGCAGCAGACGAUGAAUCUCAAACGCACUCUGCAGUUUGAUGAACCAGCUUGUCUUCAGUUCACAUCGGGUACCACAGGGCGUCCUAAAGGAGUAACGCUAACCCAUCACUCUUUAGUGAAUAACGCAGUUCUGAUUGGACAGAUCAUGAACUACAGCGAGCCAACAAGAAUGUGUAGCCCAUUCCCUCUCUUCCACAUUGCUGGUGUCCUGGCAACCAGCUUGGUCAGCGUAGCGUGGGGUGUCCCUGUUGUUUACCCGUCUCCCGGAUACAACAGCACUGCUAUUCUGAAGGCGAUACACAACGAAAAAUGUGACUGUAUAUUAGGAACUCCUCCAAUGUUUAUUGAUAUGCUUGCCCAUCCAGAUUUGAAGAAGUACGACUUGUCAACCUUAAGAAAAGGCCUAACUGGCGCUACGUCCUGUCCCGUUGAAGUGAUGGAACAAGUGAUUUCAAAGUUGAACGUAACUCAAUUGACGCUGGCUUAUGGUUUGACAGAAGCCUCCUCGCUUGUUACUCAUACGCCAUUGGACGAACCUCUGGAAACAAAAGUGUCGACCGUAGGAAAGGUGUACCCGCACACAGAGAUAAAGAUCGUGGACCACGAGGGAAAUAUAGUGCCGGUGAAUACUCCUGGGGAAAUAUGCAUCCGAGGAUAUGGUGUCAUGAUUGGGUAUUGGGGAGAGAAGGAGCAGACUGAAAGUGCUCUGGAGCCAACAGGAUGGCUUCAUUCUGGUGAUCUAGGGACAAUGGACGAACAUGGAUACUUCAGGAUUGUGGGAAGAUUAAAGGACUUAAUCUCGCGUGGAGGACAGAGCGUCUAUCCGGCUGAAGUUGAAUAUUUCCUGCACACCCACCCUAAAAUACAAGAUGUGCAGGUAAUCAGUGUGCCAGACGAGAGACUUGGAGAAGAAGUGUGUGCUUGGAUCAAGCUUAGGCAAGGUGAAACCAUGACUGCUGGAAACGUUAAAGAUUUCUGCACAGGCCAGAUUGCCUAUUUCAAGAUUCCUCGGUACAUUAAAUUUGUUGACGAUUAUCCCAUGACAGCUUCUGGAAAGGUUAUGAAAUACGUCAUAAGGCAGCAAGCAGCGAGCGAGUACAAAUCAUAUUUUAAUUUGAAGUAAAAUGCAAAGCGGAAGGUGAAAUCGUUUUAAUAUAUCAUCAACAAGGCGUGGAUUAUCCCCUCAAACAAUAUAUUAUAAAUUGUGAACUAGAUUACAUUUGGUUUUGUACAAAGUAAAAAUUUCAUGGUAGAUAGCUCUUUUUAAAAUAGUCCUCCAAACAGUUUCCUCACUUACGAAAAAAGAUUUCAUUGUUCAUUUUAUUAAUUAAUAAAAUAUGUACAGUUUAAAAUGAA